CAACUGCUGAUUCCCAAAUUUAAAAAGCUCAACCUACAACAUGAAACCAGCCGCCGAAGCCCAACUUGAUGAGGACUACCCUUCUCUCUCUCCAAUUGAAGAAGACACUCUUCUCUGCCCGCCUUUUCUCGUCCUCCGCCGCCCGGCCCUCCACCCACGCGCCCGAAAACUCAGACGUCGAAAGCGCCGUUUACCGGCGCGCCCUCAAGCUCCAGCGACCUACCACUGUCAGCUACCGUGAUUAUUUGCAGUCUGUCGGCUACCUAGAAAACUUGCACAACUUUGUGAGCUUAAUUGGUGCCAUAGAUUAUCCUCUCAAAGCUUGCAGCGCCGCCGUUGGAUUCGGCGUCUACACUCUCCUCAGAGUUAGAGCGCCCAACCGCGAUUUAGUCAGGAUGCUGCUGAAAUUUCGGAAGGAAAUGGCGGAAAUAUCCGUCCAGCAUUUGAAGGCACAUGAUUUAGUUUACGUUUCAGGUCGUCUACAAUCAUACCUUAAGUUGGCCGAGGACGGGAGCUCGGUGCGUUGUUACGAGGUUGAUGUCAAAGAAAUGAAUUUUGUUGCUCAAAAUGUUCCAGAGCUGGCCUGCCAAAACCUUGUCAAGUUGGAACCAAAAGUUUCAUUAGAGCAGAAGCGUAGGGACCGGCUUCAUUUGUGGCAAGUAUUUUUUGCUAAUCCAUCAGAGUGGUGGGAUAAUAGGAACUCUAAAUUGAAAGGAAGAGCACCAGACUUUAGGCACAAGGAUACUGGUGAGGCACUCUGGAUCCAAGACAAUGAUCCUCCAUGGGUCAACCAGCAACUCCAACUGCACGAUUCAAGACUGAGCAAACAAAGUUAUAGACGGGACAAAGGCUUGGUUUCACUUGUCCCCUUUGGUUUGUGAUGAAGUUAAAAGUAAUUGAAGCCUUGGUAUGGAUCUCAGAUGAUGAAAUGGAUAUUUCUUUCUGGAUCUUAAAGUCUCUGUAUGUAUGAGACUGCAGCAGCUCGACGCCUUUGUGUUUUAGAUGUUGGUUUGACCUCAAAUCAUCUACUUCAGCUUCGCACUAAAGUGAAAAUGCUGACAAUCUUGUGGAUAUUUACUGUACAGUUUGAGCUGGCACUGUAUUUUACAUGAAUGGAAACUUGCCAUCUUAAGCAUCUGAUGUAUACACUCGCUUCGAAAUCUCAUCAAUAUAGUGUUAUAUUUCAAGAA